AUGAUAUCUCUACCCUUUCUGCUCGCUCUCGCAACGACCUUGCAAAGAGCCGUAGCGGUCCCCCAUGUUAAGCCCUUUGCACAAUGGAAACGACAAUCGAGCACUAACGUCACUAGCUCCACACAAGUAGACCUCGGAUAUGAGGUCUAUGAAGGCGUCGCAAAUGCUUCCACAGGAUUGAAUACGUUCAAAGGUAUCCGAUACGCAGCUGCGCCUACGGGAACGCUCCGGUGGCAGGCGCCCCAAAGCCCUGAGUCAAACCGUAGCAAUGUGAUCUCGGCUGCUAAACCAGGUCCUACAUGUCCCCAAUCAUCGAGAGCCAGGCCAGGAGCUGUGACCUCUGGUGUCACGGGAAGCGAAGACUGUCUGUUUCUUAACGUGUAUGCGCCUCAAAAUGCUUCCGAUCUCCCAGUACUCGUCUAUAUUCACGGCGGCGGAUACGGCCAGGGAUCGGCGGCGGCGGAUAUGAGUGGCAUUAUCAAUGCGAACAAUGACAGUUUCGUUGGUGUCGUCAUUCAGUACCGCCUGGGAGCUUUUGGAUUUUUGGCAGGCGACGAAGUACACAGGAAUGGGGUCACGAAUGCCGGAAUCCUUGAUCAGCUCUUCGCGCUCCAAUGGGUCCAGGCAUACAUUGAGCUAUUCGGAGGUGAUCCCACUCGAGUUACAAUUUCCGGUGAAUCGGCUGGUGCAGGCUCUGUCAUGUUGUUGGAUAUUGCGUACGGUGGUACACUUGGAACAUCUCUGUUUGUCAACUCUAUAACGGCGUCACCGUACCUGCCUCAGCAGUAUCAUUACAAAGAUUGGGUCCCUUCGCAAUCGUACUAUGCCUUCGCCAUCGCAGCCGGGUGCCCGCCAAGAUGGGCAUAUGGCAACAGCUCCCAGACUGUAUUUGAGUGCCUGAUCUCGCAAAGCACCGAAAGUCUUCAAAGCGCCUCAGAACUCGUCUCUCAAUCUGGCACAUUCGGUUCAUGGGGCUUCUUACCUGUCACCGACGACGUCUUUAUUCAGUCCACUCCAAGUAAGGCGUUACUCGAGCGCAAAGUCAACGGCCUUAACCAACUCUCGGGAAACAAUGCUCAAGAAGGUGACAUCUUCACUACACAGAACAUUACGACUGAAAAUGAUCUGGUCGACUGGAUCCAUCUGGUCUUCCCUCUUUUCACGCAAGAUGAUGUUGCCAAGCUUCUCUACUACUACGCAUCUUCUAAUAUCAGCGAUUCGUCGGAUGGUCUUAACGAAUUUGCGACCGAAGGUACAAUAGGCCCGACAAUAGUGAAUGUAUCUCAGACUGCGACCGGCCAGCAACAGCGCGCGCAAGCCAUAUAUGGCGAGUCGACAUUCGUAUGCCCCAGCUACUGGAUCGCAGAAGCCUACAACGCGCGUGGACGCACAGGCUAUAAGUACCAAUACUCGGUCCCAAUCGCUCUGCAUGGUGUCGAUCCCAACAUCUACUUUGGCCCCGCCCCGGCAAACGUGGGGCCAGAUAUGGUCCUCGCAUUCCGACGUAUUUGGGGCAAUUUUAUUACCACUGGUAACCCGUCUAUAUCAGCCUCCGUUGCAAGCGGCAGCAACUCGAACGGGACAAGUCAGUCGAGUCUGGAAGACUGGCCUGUAUUCGCUCUGUGGGACCCGAGAAUGGUGAAUUUGAACCAAACAGGCGGAUCGCCGCAGUCGAUGAGUCUGGCUAAUUCCACUUCUGGGGUUUUGAAUGUGAAUGCCACCGUGUAUAUUGGCCCUGGGCAGACGAAUGAUAUCACACUGGUGGACGCAUAUUCAUGGGAAGGCGGACGAGGAAAGAGAUGUGACUUCUGGAUGAGUGUUGCGGGUAUUGUACCAGCCUAA